AUGGCACGAAUAUCUAUCUAUCUUAGUCUGUUCAUAUCUAUCUAUCUAUCUAUCUUAGCCUAUUCAUAUCUAUCUGUGUAUAUAUCUAUCUCAUUCUGUUCAUAUCUAUCUACGUAUCUAUCUAUCCUAUUCAAUUUAUAUCUAUAUAUGUAUCUCAAUUCAUAUCUAUCUAUCGUAGUCUGUUCAUAUCUAUCUAUCUAUCUAUCUAUCUAUCUAUCUAUCUAUCUAUCCUAUUCAAUUUAUAUCUAUAUAUGUAACUCAAUUCAUAUCUCUCUUAGUCUGUUCAUAUCUAUCUAUCUAUCUAUCUAUCUAUCUAUCUAUCUUUCUAUCUAUCUAUCUAUCUAUCUAUCUAUCUAUCUAUCUAUCUAUCAUAGUCAAUUAGUUGUAUCAUAUCUGUCUAUCUCACUCUGUUUAUAUCUAUCUAUCUAUCUAUCUAUCUUAUUCAAUUCAUAUCUAUCUAUCUAUCUAUCUAUCUAUCUAUCUAUCUAUCUAUCUAUCUAUCCUAUUCAAUUCAUAUCUAUAUAUUCUGUUAAUCUAUCUAUCUAUCUAUCUAUCUAUCUAUCUAUCUAUCUAUCUAUCUAUCUAUCUAUCUAUCCUAUUCAAUUCAUAUCUAUAUAUCUAGCUAGCUAUCCUAUUCAAUUUAUAUCUAUAUAUGUAUCUCAAUUUAUAUCUAUCUAUCUUAGUCUGUUAAUCUAUCUAUCUAUCUAUCUAUCUAUCUAUCUAUCUAUCCUAUUCAAUUCAUAUCUAUAUAUUCUGUUAAUCUAUCUAUCUAUCUAUCUAUCUAUCUAUCUAUCUAUCUAUCUAUCUAUCCUAUUCAAUUCAUAUCUAUAUAUUCUGUUAAUCUAUCUAUCUAUCUAUCUAUCGAUCUAUCUAUCUAUCUAUCUAUCUAUCCUAUUCAAUUCAUAUCUAUAUAUGUAUCUCAAUUCAUAUCUAUCUAUCUAUCUAUCUAUCUAUCUAUCUAUCUAUCUAUCUAUCUAUCCUAUUCAAUUUAUAUCUAUAUAUGUAUCUCAAUUUAUAUCUAUCUAUCUUAGUCUGUUAAUCUAUCUAUCUAUCUAUCUAUCUAUCGAUCUAUCUAUCUAUUUAUCUAUCCUAUUCAAUUCAUAUCUAUAUAUGUAUCUCAAUUCAUAUCUAUCUAUCUAUCUAUCUAUCUAUCUAUCUAUCUAUCUAUCUAUCUAUCUAUCUAUCCUAUUCAAUUUAUAUCUAUAUAUUCUGUUAAUCUAUCUAUCUAUCUAUCUAUCGAUCUAUCUAUCUAUCUAUCUAUCCUAUUCAAUUCAUAUCUAUAUAUGUAUCUCAAUUCAUAUCUAUCUAUCUAUCUAUCUAUCUAUCUAUCCUAUUCAAUUUAUAUCUAUAUAUGUAUCUCAAUUUAUAUCUAUCUAUCUUAGUCUGUUAAUCUAUCUAUCUAUCUAUCGAUCUAUCUAUCUAUCUAUCUAUCCUAUUCAAUUCAUAUCUAUAUAUGUAUCUCAAUUCAUAUCUAUCUAUCUAUCUAUCGAUCUAUCUAUCUAUCUAUCUAUCCUAUUCAAUUUAUAUCUAUAUAUUCUGUUAAUCUAUCUAUCUAUCUAUCUAUCUAUCUAUCUAUCUAUCCUAUUCAAUUCAUAUCUAUAUAUUCUGUUAAUCUAUCUAUCUAUCUAUCUAUCUAUCUAUCUAUCUAUCUAUCUAUCUAUCGAUCUAUCUAUCUAUCCUAUUCAAUUUAUAUCUAUAUAUGUAUCUCAAUUCAUAUGUAUCUAUCUAUCUAUCUAUCUAUCUAUCUAUCUAUCUAUCUAUCCUAUUCAAUUUAUAUCUAUAUAUGUAUCUCAAUUUAUAUCUAUCUAUCUUAGUCUGUUAAUCUAUCUAUCUAUCUAUCUAUCUAUCUAUCUAUCUAUCCUAUUCAAUUCAUAUCUAUAUAUUCUGUUAAUCUAUCUAUCUAUCUAUCUAUCUAUCUAUCUAUCUAUCUAUCUAUCUAUCUAUCUAUCCUAUUCAAUUCAUAUCUAUAUAUGUAUCUCAAUUCAUAUCUAUCUAUCUAUCUAUCUAUCUAUCUAUCUAUCCUAUUCAAUUUAUAUCUAUAUAUGUAUCUCAAUUUAUAUCUAUCUAUCUUAUCUGUUAAUCUAUCUAUCUAUCUAUCUAUCUAUCUAUCUAUCUAUCUAUCUAUCUAUCUAUCUAUCUAUCCCUAUUCAAUUCAUCUAUAUAUGUAUCUCAAUUCAUAUCUAUCUAUCUAUCUAUCUUGCUAGCUAG